CUUUAGUGUCAAAAGUCAAUGUGAAUAUUUUCAAUGAUACUGUUUUUUUCUUUGUUUCUUUUUCACUUUUUCUAAACCCCAACAUUCUAACACAAACUCUGAGGUCGAUUGGAAUUGGACUGAUUUGUGCGUAUUUCUUGUUCUGGGGGGGGGUGUUCUGUUCUUUGUUUGAUAGUUUGAAUCAACGUUAUUUGAAAAUGGCUCCACCAAAAAGUUUUAUAUAGCAACAUUUCACGAAGCUCUCGAAAGAUCUAGCUCAUUGCAAUAUAUGCUCCAAGAUUUUGAAAACUUCGGGGAAUAUCACUAAUCUCAAAAAUCGUUUAAAACAAAAUUAUAAACAAAUCGGGGAUUCUCAACAUGUGGAAAAGGGUCCUCAACCUCAUGGAGGUGGCACUACGAAGGAAAAGAUUUCCUUACAAGAUGAUGGCCAGUCAAAUACAUCAACUUUGACUAUUGAAUCUUCUGAAGCUUUUACUUCUUCAAUGUCAAAUAUAAAUGAGGAAAGUCGUCACUCAAAUUUGACUGAUAUGACAGUUUUGAAACAGCCAUCAAUUAUUAAUUCAAUGAAAAAAGUCUCGUCCUAUUCAGAUGGUGGAAUGUCAAGAUAACAGAGGCCGUUGUGAAUUUCAUUGUGCAAGACAAUCUGCCCUUCAGUACAGUGGAAGAGAAAGGCUUUCACAACUUCAUGAAAAGGGUCGCACCACUAUAUAAAAUACCAACUAGGAACACAGUAAAAGCAAGAGUAGAUGAAAAGUACAAUACAGCUUCUGCUAUCUUCAAAGAAAUUUUCUCAAACAUACAAUAUUUUAUAGUAAUAACAGACAUGGACGACUGCUGAUUUACAAACAAAAAGUUAUCUGGGUAUUACAAUUCAUUUUAUUCAUAAAUUGAUAUUGAACUCAGCAACAAUUGGGGUUACUGAAUUAAAUGAGGCACACACAGCUGCUUACAUUGGGUCGCAACUUGUCAGUAGUUUGAGCGAAUGAGGUAUAACUACUGAUAAAGUAGUUGCUGUGAUAACAGAUAAUGCUGCAAAUAUUGUCAAAGCUGUUGUAGACACAUUUGGAAAACAAAAACAUAUCCCAUGUUUGGCACAUACCUUAAAUCUGUGUGAGAAUGCAAUUAAAAAUACAGAAGGUUUAAGUUACCUAAUUGAAAAAGCAAGAUCCAUUGUCAUUUAUUUCAAAAGAAGUGUAAAAGCUACUGAUUUGGUAUGGAGUACCCAACAACAGGCAGGGACACUUGAAGGAAAUCAGAAAAAACUUAUUUUGGAUGUAAAAACUUGAUGGAAUUCAACAUUGUAUAUGAUUGGAAGAUUUUUAGAGCUGGUGCCUGAAGUUAGCAAUAUAAUUCUUUCUCAAGCUGAUGCACCAGCAAUGUUAAGUGGGAAUGAGCUUGAUCAAUUGAAGGAAAUUAAAAGAUUAUUACACCCUUUGGAGCAAAUGACCAAAGAGAUAAGUGGUCAGAAUUUUCUUACAGUUAGUAAUAAUAAUGGGCAGGAGAUAGUUCAUGAACUUGGAAGGAAGUUGAAGAUGGAAUUUUUAAAAGAAUUCAACAAAAGAUUUGAUGGGAUAGAAAAAUCACUUUUGCCAGCCAUAUCAAUAGUAUUGGAUCCCAGGUGUAAAAUUUUGCAUUUUAAAGAUCCAAUUGCAAUUUCCACAACAAUAAGAUUUAUAAAAUCUGAAAUCGCACAAAAUGAAUCAUUUUCUUCAUCAGAAUCUGAAGCAGCAAUGUCAGAAGAUGAUUCCUUUGAUUUAUGGGCAUACCACAAGAAGAUAGCACACACAAAAAGGAAAAGUUCUAGCCCCAUUGUGGGUACUGAUGAAGUAACACAGUAUUUGGGAGUACCAGUGAGGCAAUUGAAAGAGGAUCCCUUGGAAUUAUGGGAAGAAAUGAAGGGCAUAUAUCUAAAUUUAUAUAAAUUGUCAUUAAAACACUUCUGCAUUUUGGCCACUUCUGUUCCAAGUGAAAUACUUUUUUCCAAAGCUGGUUUGACAGCUACAAAAAAUCGAAGCCGUUUAACCAGCAAGCUUCUAUCUAAAUUGUUAUUUUUAAGUUCUCUGUCAGAACAUCUUAGAUUGUUCUGAAAUACACUAUAUAAAUAGAUGUUGAAAAAUGAGUGUUUUUCUGAUACAUGUCAUGACUCUUGCUCCGCAUCCGCAAUCUGUCAUUAAUGCAUUAUUUUGCAUGUGGAAAUGAAUUUUUGGAACUUAAAAAACAUUUUUUGCAUUUAAAAAUGCGUUCAUUGCAUUUAAAAAUGCAUUUUGGCAUCCACUAAAGUAUUCAUGACUCUUGCUGUGUGUUUGCAGUCUGUCAUUAAUGCAUUUAAUAAUGCCUUUUUUGCAUUUAAAAAUGCAUUUUUAGCAUUCUUAAUCAUGCUUCUUCUUUAUUCCUUGUGGCUUCUGUACAUGUGUACAAUCCGGCAGCUCAUUUGUUGUGACUGUACUUUGUCUGGCUCAACACAGGUAUAAACUUUUCUCGUACCUGGGCAACGGAGGUACAUUACACACACCCUAAAUGUUGCCUCAGAAAAGGAUUAGCACCCAGGGUUUUAAAAGAUGGGGAUCUGAAACAGUUAUAAUAUUAUUUUAUUUGUCUGAAUGAAGUAGGUUAAUAGGUAUAUGACUUCAUGUUGAUAUUUGCAAGUAUUAAUUGAAUGUUAAAGGGGGCAUUGACUCCAGCUUUUCUUAUCUCUUCAUAUAGAUUAAAACCUAAUAUUUGAUUUAUUGAGCAUUCUAAUAGUAUAUGAUUUAAAUCUGCAUAUUGUCCACAAUCACAGAAGGGGUCAUCUUCCAUUCCUAUUUUGAACAUGUGAACUUUAUAUCUUGCAUGUCCCAUUCUCAUUCUGAUUAUGGCUGUUAGGUGUCCUCUGCUUAUAUACAGGAUUUUGGAGUAGAAUGGUUUGACCAGAAAUUCUUCUUGUAUUUUCUUAUACCACCUGCCUUUGCUAAUGAAUGUUCAUUUCCACAUUGUUGUGAAUGUCUCCUUUAUUUUUGUUUUGGCCUUAGUAUAUCGGCUAUAGUAAGUUUCGUAUCUUGUGGGAUUCCAAGUUGUCUUCCUAAGUUAGCUAGAGUGUCUGCCGUUUCAUUUCCUCUAAUGUUUGAGUGUCCUGAGAUCCAAGCCAGUUCAAUAUUGUAUCCUUUUUCUGCAGCUUCGUGAAUUAGCUGUUGUGAGACAGCCAUAUUCUGAGUUAGCAUCCACACCUUGUUUUGCUAUUUGUGCUAUAGCACUUUGCGAGUCUGUUAAUAUUAGGCUUUUCCGGAUUUUCUUUUCUAUUACUAUGUUGCAUGCUUUGUUAAUCGCUGCUACUUCCGCCGCGCAGAUAUUUAAGUAGUCAGGGAGUCUGGAUGUGUAGUUAUGUUCCAGUUGAGGAAUGUGUACCUCAUAUCCCACUUUAUAGUCCACUUUAGAUACGUCAGCGUAUAUAAGGGUGUGAGUGUCUCUGAACUGUUCCAUAAUUUGUAGAAAUUGCAGCUCGAUAUUGUGAUCAUUUUUGUUUAUGUUAAGGGGGAUGACUUUCACUGCCCAAGUUUGAGUAGUGUAAUCAAACUCGAAGCACGGUAGGACUCGUCCCGAAAGGAUUAGUGGAAUGUAUUCCUCCAAAAUGUUAAGGGCUUCUAUGGUGUGAUGGUGGGCGCUCUAUUCCUCCAAUAGUCUUGGCCUGACUCAUAUUGGUUUUUUAGUUUUUUUAAUAUCAUGAUUAAGGGGUGGGCUUGAAUUCUAAUUUUUUUCGCUAGAAAUUUAGUGCAUAACCAGAACCGCCUGUGGUGUAGAUCCAUUUCCGCGGUUUCUGCUAGUAACGUGUUAGUUGGUGUUGACUUCAUGGUACCCGUUAUGAUCCUGAGCCCUUGAAAUGCCGUCUUCUGGAGUUUAUUGAGAUCUUUUUGAUUGCAGGAACUUAAUAGUAUGCUACCAUAAUCCAGAUGGGAUUUAACUAGUCCGUUAUACGCCAUGUGUAAGGUUGCAGGGUCGGCACCCCAGGAAACCUUCCCAGAAAUUUUUAAAAGUUUUAUUCCCCUAUUAGCCUUAUUUAUCAUAUUGUCUAUCUGUGCGCUCCAUUUUAAAUUUUUAUGUAGUAUGACCCCUAAGUAUUUCGUUUGGUUUUUGAGCUCUAUAUUUUUAUUUAUUAUUAUUGGUGUGGACCGCUUUCGAUUACCUUUCGUAAACCAUAUCGCUGAACUUUUUUUCACUGAUAUUUCAAAGUUGUGGCUUUUCAUCCAAACGUUUACUCUUUCCAGAUACUCGUUUAAUAUUUCCGCCAUUUUGUCUAUUUUGUUAUCGUUGACCAUCAGUGCCAUAUCGCCUGCGUAGCUGAGUAAAUGUAUGUGUUCUGGUAAUAUUGAAUAUAAUUCAUUUAUAUAUAUGUUAAACAAUAGUAGGCUUAGAGUGGACCCCUGAGGAAGGCCUAGUGAGGU